AAUUUAAGUUAAAAUUAGUUUUCUGAGAUAUUAUAAUGCAUAAAUGGUUAGAAAAAUUAAAAUAAACAAAUACGUUGCUCAAUGUCUUCUAAAUUUCGUAUCAUAUGGUGGAAAACAGAGUUUAGAUUAAUUUCCCUUUGCUUCACCUCUGGUUAUCUCCCCUUUUAUUGCUCUCCCCAAAGGAGGUAGAAAAUUUGUACCAGUGGAGGGAAAUAAUGGCUUCUCCUGGCAGGAGCUCAGGCAGCCCUUCUACUAUCUGUGACUUUGCUAGGUCAUACAGACAUAGACCAUGUGAAGGUUUGACAGAGAGUAUUUCUUCCUUGACUGAUGAUAUAUUUCAACACUUAAAACGAUGUCAAGCAUCAACACGACAUCAGACAAGAAUCCCAGAAGGACUUCUGCUACUGUUUCGCAGUGGCAUAUUUGUUGUUUCAAAGGAUGUUCUUCAAUUAAAUGUAUGCAGAAGUCACAGGAAUAGUCUUUGUACUCACUGGUACAAAGACUCUCGGUGCUGUAUGCACCCUCUACAUCCACCAAAUCAUAGGGAGAAGCCAGACAGAGGAUUAACAUGCACGAUGGCUAAAGAAAUAUGGCUGCACGAGAGAGUUGUUGUGCCUGUUGGAGCUGGUAUAUGCAGAAGAUGUUCAGAAAGACACAAGACAACCUAUACCACAAAAGUAAACAUUGAAAGUGAUGUGGGAGAUUUUUUGAAGCUUGCUGCACAUUUACAAGCUAGUGAUGAUGAAAUUUUAAACAGUUUGCCAGAUACAUGUAUAUCAGAAGCAGAUGAAGUUACUGUUGGAGGUACAGGUAAUGAAAUACUGGAUCAAGCACAACAUGCUCAAGAAGACAAUAGUUCUUUGCAUGAUAUAUCAGAACAAUCUAGUCAGCUCUCAGAAUUUUCGUCCACUCAGUCCUCUCAUGGAACUGAUAACUGGCUACCACCAACAUACGAUCGGGAUAAGUUGAACAGAAGCAUGGAAAUUCUCUCUGAAGGCAAAUUUACUCCAAUGCGAUUUACCUUAAACACACCAUUGGAAGAUGUUCAACAGUCUACAAAGGAUUAUGUGACUCGAAAAGCCAAAGAAGUAAUUCACUAUGCUUUAGAAUGCAUUGCACCACAGCAGGAGGAAGAAUUAAUGCAACUGGUGUGUAGAAAAUACUUCAAGGCGGAGUUGGAUGGUAUUGAUAUUAUACCUGAUGCUUUAACAGAAGCUCUUAUCAAAGCCUACAAUGAUGCUAAUGGACAUCAAUGCCAAAUCCAAAUACUCUCCCUGUUUGUAAACAAUUUUUCAAAGACUGAACUUUGUAAAAUGGUGCAUGGCCUAACAAAGUAUAAAAUUGACUGUGCAAGAAAAUACGCUUCCUUGAAUGGACCAGGUCAGAUUAUUGAUCCUCCAAAGGUUACCCGUGUUAGACUUUCGAGAUGUCAAAUACAGCAUUUUAUUGAAUUUUUGUACAGUCCAUCAAUUUGUCAAGUGGUUGGAUAUGGUUCCAAGACUCUUCAUUUAUCAUCUGGAUUACAAAUAAAAAUUCCAAAAAUGAUUCGAACAAUGAUUGCCUCAAGAAUUAUCAAUGCCUAUGAAGUGCUCUGCACAGACAAUGAGAUAAAAAUGCCAUCUAGGGCAACGUUGUACAAGAUCAUAAAAGUAUGCUCGGCCUCACAGAGGAAAUCUUUGAAAGGUCUUGACAGUUAUACAACAGAUGGAAUGGAAGCAAUGGAUUUGCUCCAGAAGAUACUACACAGACUGCAAGAAAACGGACUUUCAAGAGACAAAACGAAAGAGUUAUCAGAAAAGCUUCUGGAUAUAAACCAGCACCUGAAAUUUGAUUUGAAAAUGCAUCUCGCACAGUCCAGUACUUGUAUCGACCACUGCCUAACAUAUGCAUUGUCUGAUGAAAAGACAGCAGAAUUUACAUCAUAUUGUGAUCAUCUCCACAAUCAGAACUGCAUAAACUGUAGAAGUAUUCCAAAAGUUAUGGAUGAAAUGGCAAGUUGUUUAUCAGCGGCUAAUCUAGCAACUGAUCUGCAGAAGGAAUUGGCACAUGAUUUUGAACAGUCAAGAAAAAACAUACAUGAAUGGAAGGCCCAUAUUGUACGAGCUGUGAACCAGGAUAUGAGUAAAAGCAACAUCAUUGAAAACUUAAAGAGUAACCAAGCACUGCUGAUAAUGGAUUGGGCAAUGAAAUUCCUGCCUCAAAGUUUUCGGGAAUCGCAGCAAAACUGGUUUGGGAAACAGGGUUUGAGUUGGCAUGUUGCAUGUGCAGUUUUUCUAGAUCAUAGUGCCAAUGUAGAGAAUCAGGAGAACAAAUUUCACCUCGUGUCAUUUGUACACGUAUUACAAGGAGGAAGUCAAGGUUGGAUCUCAGUAGCUAUGAUUCUUCAAGAUGUUCUAGAAAAACUGAAAUGCCUUAAUCAGCAUCUUUCCGAAGUUUAUUUAAAAUCCGACAAUGCAGGAUGCUAUCACAGCAUGCCACUUAUGUCCUACAUUUGGAAGAAUUAUGACUUGCUACAGCUCAAAGUAAAAGAGUAUAAUUUCAGUGAAGUUCAGAGUGGCAAAGAUCUGUGUGAUUCAAGAACUGGUACAUGUCGCAUGCAUAUUUUAAAGUAUGCAAAUGAAGGUAACAAUGUGGAAAAUGCACAUCAACUGAAAAAAGCCUUGGAGAGUUAUGGGGGAGUUAAGAACACAUUCAUUUCACUGGUUGAUAUCAAUACAGAAAAUCCUCCUGUAUUGUCAGGAAACAUUAAAAACUUCAAGAUUAGUCAGAUGAACAAUUUUGUGUUUGAAGAAGAAGGCAUCAGAGUGUUUAAAGCUUAUGGUGUUGGUCAUGGACACUUGAUCCCCAAGAGCACUCUUGAAAAGAUAUCAAGUAACUUUGCCUUUGAUGAGACCAGAAUUGAGGUCAUAGAAGAUUCUACAACCAUGCCAGCGACACAUUUACAAGCAGCACAGUUGAGGCUACCGUUUGGAUCUUCAGAUGCUGAAGACAGUGGAGACCUGAGCUGCACUGAACCAGGCUGUAUUCAAACCUUCAGGAAACCAUCUACUUUAGAAAAGCACCUUGCUGUUGGAAAUCAUUUAUACCACAGUUUAAAUGGAAGUGCCGAUGUUGCCAUGGAGUUGUGGGCAGAAAAGUGUUCGGAUUCUGUGUUUUAUAACCAGUCUCACCUCAUCCAAUCUUCAUUGAUUUCAAGUAAAGACAAUCAGGUACAUACCUGUGUAUCAAAUUUGAAAACAGGAUGGGCUCUGAAGUUGGACAGAAAAUUUGUUAGAUUUUCAUUGGGUGUAAAAAAGUUCGUGAAAGACAUUUUUGAUGAUGGUGAAAAAACUGGAAAAAAGGCAAACCCUGUGUCUGUUUCAUUACAAAUUCGUAAUGAACGGGAUGAAUAUGGCAACCACAUAUUCAGUCCAAAUGACUGGAUUUCCUCUCAGCAAGUUCGCAGUCUCUUUGCCCAGUUUCAGAUAAAACUGACUAAAGAGAGCACAGACAGAGAGAAGAGACCAAAGUUAGAACUCACUCUUAAAUCUGAGGAGGAUGAAGAUUUAAAUGAGGUUAUUAGUGAUCUGAAUGCCAUGGAGGCAUUCAACACAGUUAAUUCUGUUACUGAUAUAUGUCAGCUAUGAUUUCUAUGUGAGCAUAAUUUACUUGGUAGGCAUUUCAUCUUGAUUUUCACAUACCGAGUAUGCUAGAAAAAAUGCAUUUAAUCGAUGUGUAGGUGCAUCAAGAUUGUCAAAAGUAAACUUUCAAGUAGAAUAUAGUAACUACUGUAUGAAAUAUUUUUUUUCAUGUAAAAAAACCAUGAAUAGAAAUUUAUGUAAAUUUAUGCAGUUUUUGAUGUUUGAGAAUCAUAUGUAUGACUUGGAAUUCUAAGUUAAACACUGUCCUAGUACACAGAAUGGAUUUUAUAUUUAAAAUGCAAAUCAGCUGGUAACAUUACAUGUACAUGCACUAUAUAUAUUUGACCAUUCAUUGUAAUGUAAUGAAACUGUUUACAUUUUAGGAAAUGCUAAGUUUCAUGUAUUUAAAAAAAUUGAUGAAAAUCAUUAGUUAUAGGUGAUUGCAUUAAAAUUGUUUAGAAAAACAUGUUACUAAGGGAGAUAACUCACUUUUAAAAGUUGCAAAAAAUGCAAGUUAUAGAAAUUCACGCAGUGUGAGAAAUAUUCAGAACCCGAUUAUUACCUUAUGUGAAAAGAUUAAGAAGUUACUUGUUUUUAUUUUGACCCAUAACAUUUUAGUUUUAAAGCGUCCAAACCCAAUUUUAAAUUUACUUAAAUUUUAGCAAUUUUUCAAUAAUUUUGGUUUUUUAUACACAAGAGUUAUUUCCCUUGAUCAAAAAAUUAUGUGGGGUUAUUGUUGAAAAAAAUUUAAUGUGUCAAAAUAAAAUUAAAUAUUUAUAUUUUCAAUUAU